CGGACCAGAGAGAGCCGCUGGAUCUGAAGGCUGCUGCUUCUUGUCGAUGAGGCUUUUGGACCAACUCAAUCUCUAAUCGGGACUUUUUUUUUCUUUUUUAAAAAAAAAAAAUUCUGUACGCGUCCGUGUAAUGAUGUCGCCGCUGAGGACGCGCAGCUGAAUGUGAAUACUGUGGAUCCAAGCAGCUUUCAAGAGAGGAGGUGAACGCACCUUGCAUCCAGCCAUGGGAGGUCAGAUCACCAGAAACACCUUCUGCGAUUCUCUCAACGGACCGUUUCCUGCAGCCUCCCACCGAUGCCACCACAAGCCCAAGCGCUGCCUGCCCAUCCAGCCAUGUGGAAGUUUGUCCUCCUUCCCCUUGCUCUUUCACCCCAGCACCAAGGGCUCGCAGAUCGUCAUGGACAUGUCCCAGAGGACCGUCAAGAGACAGGCCAGCUUCUGCAAUGCCAUCACCUUCAGCAACAGGCCCAUCGCUGUGUAUGAGCAAGUUCGACUGAAGAUCACCAAAAAACAGUGCUGCUGGAGCGGUGCGCUCCGUCUUGGUUUUACAUCCAAAGACCCAUCAAGGAUCAAUCCAGACACGUUGCCCAAGUAUGCCUGUCCUGACCUGGUCUCCCAGAGCGGCUUCUGGGCAAAAGCCCUACCAGAGGAGCUCUCUAAUGAGGGAAACGUCAUCUCCUUUUGGGUGGAUAAGAGAGGCCGGGUGUUCUACAGAAUAAACGACUCCAGCCCCGUGUUGUUCUUCAGCGGGGUGCAUGUCGCCGAACCUCUCUGGGCUCUCAUAGACGUCUACGGCCUAACAAGAGGUGUCCAGCUGCUAGACAGUGAGAUGGUCCCACUGGACUGCCUGCGUCCUCGUUCUUUUGCUGCCGCCCACCGGGCCUCCAUUCAGCGGAACAGCGAUGACCCUCGCCUCUCCAUCAGCCUGUGCGACUUGAGCCUGCAGCAGCAAGAGAUGCAUCUGGAGGAAGAUGAUGAGGAAGAGGAGCAGCUACAGCCGUUAAGCUCCUCCUCCUGCCAUGUGCCCCAAAACUCUCAGAACUCGCAGCAAUGCUCGCUGCUGCCCAGCCAUUUGGACACCGACCUGCACUUUCACUCCAUGCAUGGCAUCCAUGUUACCGUGCUGGAUAAGCACACGAUGGCGCGGCUGGAUCACCGCGGUGACGAGAGGACGCUGGUGUUCACCAGCCGGCCGAUGCGCUGCUCAGAGACUGUGUUUGUGAAGGUGAAGGCAGGCGUCACGCGGCCCGGUUGCCUUUCUUACGGUGUGACAUCGUGCGACCCGGCCACCCUGAGGCCCAGUGACCUUCCUUCCAACCCAGAGUCCCUGGUUGAUCGCAAGGAAUUCUGGGCUAUGUGCCGGGUGGCGGUGCCACUCCACAGUGGAGAUAUCUUGGGCUUUGUGGUGAAUGCAGAGGGGGAGGUUAUAAUGAGCCAUAAUGGCGUCAGUGCAGGGAUGCAGCUGUGCGUCGACAACUCCAGGCCCCUCUGGAUGUUCUACGGUCUGCACGGCGCCAUCACACAACUCAGGAUUUUAGGCUCUUCUCUGCAUCCAGACCUUCGAGGCCCAUCGGUGCCCAGCUCCCCAUCUUGUACACCAAACACCCCUAUCAUGUUUUGCAGUGGCAACACCGAGUCCAACCUCAACAACCCUAUGAACAUCAACCUCAACUCAAGCCUUAAUUCCAACUACCACACGUUAUUUUCUUCCUCCACAGGUACAACCCCGAGCUCUCCGUUCUCUAGCCAUCCAGAAUCUCCUACCUUCCCAUCCUGCUCGUGGAGUGAUGAGUGCACCAUUUGCUACGAGAAUGUGGUGGACACGGUCCUCUACGCCUGUGGACACAUGUGUCUCUGCUACGCCUGCGGCCUCAAACUGAAGAAGAUGGCCAACGCAUGCUGCCCCAUCUGCAGAAGGACAAUCAAAGACAUCAUCAAGACCUACCGGAGCACGUAGGCUUGAGGAACACAAUGUCAGGUUCAGCUCAAGACAUUGUCAAAGCCAUGCUAAGACUUUGUAAAGACACAGCACAAGUGAAAGUCUUGCUUGUUUGUGUGUGUAAUCUGGCUCAGGUACUCUACGACAGGACUUCACACUCGAUCAUUAAGACAUUUUAAUUAUGUUACGUCUAAUGCACACAUCCUUGGAAAGCUCACAGUGGUUCCAACGAGAUUCAUCAGAGACCGCUGAAAAAGAGUGUGAUCAUCAUAAACUAAACAUGUGCUCCUGCAAUACCAGCACAACAUCACACCUUGACCCAAUUCUGCUGAAGAGAAAGAGUAAUCUGAAGAGGCAUCUGUCCUACUUCCUGCAGAGUAAACCUUCAUUCUUUUAGUAAAAUUGUCCAGAGCUGCGGAAAAAAACAAGGAGAAUAAAUCUGUGGUUUCACCAGCUGCUCCUCUGCUGCUUGUCAGGGAGCAUUGGGUCAAAGUGUUAUUUUAGAAAAACAGUCAAUUCUUUUCUAAAUCUGAGAGAAAGUCAGGGCAAGAUUGUUUUAUUUGAGAUUUCUAGAAGGCUCCCAAAUAUCGGAAAGAAAUGAGUGGAAGGGCAGAGAAAGAGUUUUUGUAGUGAAAACGCUCCUUCAGCAAUAACACAGUGAAAUGCCUAAAUCUAAAGGGUAAAGAAAUCCAUAAAGAAACUUGGUUGUGUAAUAAAUGAAGUGCUUUGCAGAGUAUCUCACCACCUGCUGCGCUUCUGUGAACUUCAGGCAGGGCGAGACUGUGCAAAGGGUAAAAAAGUGAGAACAUUGUCACCAUAGAAGGUCACGCUUGCUGUGAAUGAGGAUGUAAAUCAGCGAAGAGGGAGGAGGGAGGAGCGAGGACGUUGUAUGUUUGGGAUAGAGACGGAAGAAUAAGGGGCAUCUUUGGCUGCGUCUGUUUCGGUGUAAAGAAAGUGUAAGCUCGCUCAGACAUACCAGAUACAUCUGAAGUUUGCAUGAAAGCCUGUGAAAUCUGGGACUUGCACGGCCAACAUGUCCUGCUUCUUGGCAGCUGUCCCGACCAUCUCUGGCUGCUCUGUGCGCCUCCUGGAUUCUGUAAUUGCACAAAAGUCAACCAAAUAAACACUGGUGGGCAGGGAAGUAUUUUCAAGAUGCUGAAAGAGCACAUUAGAUGAUGAAUCGACCUCUUCAUCACUGCAAGAAAGCCAUGAAAUCCCAUGUUAAGCUACAGAUGGCUCCGCUUACUUCAGGUUCUCUUUCGUGUAUGUAUGUAUAUGUAUAUAUAUAUAUAUAUAUAUAU